AUGGCCGCCAUCAGCGUUCCGGGCUACGGCGACAUUGUGCCCCUCUCUGAGGGUGCCGAGGCGCUCGUCAAGAGCGACGACCCCGAGCACCCCGCCAACCUCAUCCCCGAGCUCUGCCGCGAGUUCUACAAGCUCGGCUGGGUCACCGGUACCGGUGGUGGUAUCUCGAUGCGUUCGGGUCCCCUGGUCUACCUUGCCCCCUCUGGCGUCCAGAAGGAGCGUAUCCUCCCCGAGCACAUGUUCGUCCUGCCCUUCGCCCAGAGCAGCGUCCCCAAGCCCGGAAGCAAGCGUGACUUUGUCCGCAUCCCCAGCAGGAAGGGCCUGUCCGAGUCGCAGUGCACCCCACUGUUCUGGAACGCCUUCACCCAGCGUGACGCCGUGUCGUGCAUUCACACCCACUCGCAGAAUGCCGUCAUGCUCACCCUCCUCCUCGGCAAGGACGCCAAGUCGUUCCGAAUCUCGCACCAGGAGAUGAUCAAGGGCGUGCGUCUCGGCGGUGUCGGCAAGACUCUUGCCUACUUCAACACCCUCGAGGUCCCCAUCAUCGAGAACACUGCCCGCGAGGAGGAUCUCACCGACUCGAUGGCCAAGGCCAUGACCGACUACCCCGACGCGGCUGCCAUUCUCGUCCGUCGCCACGGUGUUUACGUCUGGGGUCCUACUUGGGAGUCGGCCAAGACCCAGGCCGAGUGCCUGGACUACCUCUUCGAGAUCGCCGUCAAGAUGCUCCAGAACGGCCUGCCUCUUGUUGACGAGGAGUAA